AUGCCGAAAGGCAAUCCAUCGGAUAAUUUUCCACUGCAUUGUCUUGUGUGGCACAAUAAUUAUGACCAUUUAGAACGGGAACUCGUCAAAGAUAAGUUUCUUGAUGUAGAACUUGUGGAUCCUAGAGGAAGAACAGCUCUACAUUUAGCAGUGGCUCUGGGUCACUUGGAAAGUACGCGUGUACUACUCAGACACAAAGCUAUUGUGAAUGUGGAAAAUAAACAAGGAUGGACAGUUUUACAGGAAGCCAUUAGUACAGGUGAUCCUGAAUUGGUGCAGAUAGUCUUACAACACAGAGAUUACCAGAGGGCAUCAGCUAGAGUGGCUGGAAUACCAGAAUUAUUGGAAAAACUCAGAGCUGCUCCUGAUUUCUAUGUUGAGAUGAAGUGGGAAUUUACAAGUUGGGUGCCACUAGUGUCAAGAAUGUGCCCUAGUGAUGUGUAUAGAGUGUACAAAAGUGGUGCCAGUGUACGCGUAGAUACAACACUACUAGGAUUUGAUCAGAUGACUUGGCAGCGUGGAAGUCGAAGUUACAUCUUUAAAGGCGAAGAAGGUGAACACUUAGCAUCAUUUAUGGAAAUAGAUCAUGAUAGAUGUCAGGUAUAUGUGGAAAAACUUCAACUGCGUCCAGAUUUUGACCUUUCGUUAAUGACACCACGUGAGUCGACUGUUGUAUCCAGACUUACGUCUCCUGUAGUCACCACAUAUAUAGAUACAGAGAAGAUUGCAUUUUCCAGAAAUAAGAGUGGUAUCUGGGGAUGGAGAAGUGACAAAGUUGAAGCCAUCAAUGGGUAUGAUUGUAAAGUAUUUAGUGCCUCCAAUGUGGAGUUAGUCACAAAACAAAGACUGGAACAUCUCACAGAAGAAGACAAAGAGCGAAAUAAAGAUACUUUUAAAAACCACCAUCCAUUACAGUCAUUUUUAGGUUUAGCAGAACAGCAUCAAGCUGCUGCAGUAGCUAAUGUUUCCAAAAGUAGUGACCCCACCAAUCCUACUGCCAUUACCCCUGAAGAGUAUUUUGACCCCAAUUUUGAGCUUGGAGAACGUGAUAUUGGUAGACCAAAAGAAACCAGCACUAAAGUACAAAAAUUUAAAGCCACAUUAUGGCUGUGUGAGGACCAUCCACUGUCGCUACAGGAACAAGUAUUACCCAUAAUUGAUUUGAUGGCAAUUAGUAAUGUACAUUUCGCUAAACUAAGGGAUUUUAUUACGCUGCAGUUACCGGCAGGAUUUCCAGUUAAAAUAGAAAUUCCACUGUUCCAUAUUCUUAAUGCUCGUAUUACCUUUGGUAAUUUGAAUGCAACUCAAGAAAAUAUACCAGGUGUUUUAAGUCUCCAAGAAAAUGGUACCAGUGAAGCUGGUGAAGAGGCUGCAUUCAAACCAAUUACUUGUGUUGUUGAUGCAUCUUGUUUUGAGCCACCAGCCACAUACAGUUGCCUUGGCGACACAUACCGAGAACCCAUAAUGAGAGAUGAAGACGACGACUUGCUACAAUUUGCAAUACAACAAAGCCUUCUAGAUGCUGGCACUGAAAACGAUCAGGUAACAGUGUGGGAAGCUCUCAAUAACAGUAGACCAGGCUAUGGUGGUCAUCCAAGGUCAACACAAGAAGAACGUAUGUUACAAAGGGCUAUUCAAGAGAGUCUGAGAUUAUCUCAAGAACCAGAACCUUCCGAAUCAGAUAACCCGACAAGAUGUUUAACCCAUCAACCACUGCCGCCCACUUCAUUACCACCACCACUAGGAGCAGGUAGUGAUAAUGAACUUGAUCACCAACUUAAGCUAGCUUUAGAACUAUCGGAGAAAGAACUGAAAGCAGAUGAAGUAAGAAGGAAACAAGAACAGGAAGAGCUAGAGAUGAUACUACAGUUAUCUUUGACCGAAAAAUAGUGCAAUGUUGGCGGUUAUAAAUCUUGUCAUUCCCUAACUGGACAUAUGCCUGUGACAUACUAAUCAUGUCUGACACAUUGAUCUCAUUCGACAUGUGUCACAGUUUGAUGCAUUGACUGCAGAUUCCAUAUUGACAUGUGUCAUUCAAUGUCAGUUUCACAAGCUGAUUUAAUUUGACGUAUUAAUAUGUCACAUUAUAACACACAUCAGUUCAUCUGAAAUAAUAAUUUAUAAAUAACUUAAUGUUAUGCAUUGGACAACAAACUACUUAAUUCUAAUCUAUGGAUAUUGAACGAAUACACUGUAAUCAACAUUUAGUGUGACUUUUGCUAUAUUCUCAUAAUCUACGUUGUAUUUGGUGUAGCGCUCAACUGGACUGAAUUGCAUUAACAACAUAAUACAUACUUUUUAUUUAUUAAAUUUUGCCAACACAUUUCUUCCUAAUAUAUUUGGAACAAAUUUCCAGCAAAUAUAAUUUACAUAACAAAGCUGUCACUCUCACUUCCUUUUAUUUUUAAUUCCCACUUCCAAUAAAAUUUAGUAUAAAGCCAGUGGUGUAGUCCUCCAUUAUCAACCUGCAGCCACUUUCUAAUAUAACCUAUAAAGUUAUUCUUUUAUGUGAUUCCCAGACUUUUUUGUCAUCGUGAUACUUUAGAAUUAUUCAAUUUUACAUUGUUAAAUACUUAUUAUCAUAUAAUAUUUCUAAUACUUUUUAUUAUAAUUUACUUGUUAUUGAUUUGAAUUCUGUAAACUUUUUUCACUUGUAGAAAAGGUUAGUUAGUGA